CUGGUGUUUGGGCCACGAUGUGCGGCGCAAUAGGAAGCCGCUGUAGACAGAGGAGGAGAGCGCAGCCAAUUGCCACCGUGGACGGCGGAGCUGCCUACCCGCCCCGGGCUCCGAGAUCCAAAGGUCGACAGCGGGGAAACCACUGUGGUGGAGAGAGAGAACGUGGCAGAGUUUCACUUCCCUGGAAACCACUGAGGCCGAGAGAGAGAAAGGGAGAGAGGGAGGAAUAACUAGCACACAGAAGAACAGACGGACUGGGAUCUGGAAGAAAAGGUUAAGAAAAGCACAGACAGAUUUUGUGGAUCAGCUUUGACCUGUGUUUGCUGGUAUUUCUUUCUCUACAACAAGAUGGGUUUAAGCUCAACUGAAGACUCCAGCUCUCCAGUUAUCAGAGACCUGAGGAUUGUCCUGCUGGGGAAGACUGGAUCAGGAAAGAGUGCAACAGGGAACACCAUCCUGGGAUGGAAGGCUUUUACCACAGAGAUUUCUCCGUCUUCUGUGACAGAGACAUGUAAAAAAGAGACCGGCCACUUUGAUGAAAGAAGUGUGAGUGUCGUCGACACCCCUGGGGUCUUUGACACAUCGAUCGUGGAAGGCAAGUUGAAAAGUGAAAUAGAGAAAUGUAUCAUGCUGUCUGUCCCAGGACCCCAUAUAUUCCUGCUGGUGAUCAGACUGGAUGUACGCUUCACAGAAGAGGAGAAGAACGCCGUCAAGUGGAUCAAGGACAACUUUGGUGAAGAAGCCUUUAAGUAUACACUGGUGCUUAUCACCAGGGGAGAUGUGCUCAAGGAGAAGUCCAUUGAGACUUAUUUAGAACAAAGUUCUGAACUCAGGGAGCUCAUCAGUAGCUGUGCAGCUGGGUACACUGUGUUUGACAACAUAUGCAGGGAAAAUCUCACUCAGGUGGCUGAUCUGUUUGAAAAGAUAGACAAUAUAGUGCAGUUAAAUGGUAACCAUUACACCAGCAGCUUGUAUGAAGAGGCCCAGAGAAAGAUGAAUUCGAAGGAACAGUGGAGCAAGUGGGGAGACACUAUGGACAAUGUAGGUAAUCAGUUGUUUGUGGCAGCAGCAGUUAACGUCCGUGUAGCUGGUGCUGUAUCCAUGGGGUCAAUCUUAAUGCUCGGAGGUGCAGGGAUAUCUAAAGCCAUCGGGUGGUGGAUGAAACCUAAAACAUGAGACAGCUAAGUCAUGUCGAGUCAUGACCCUUUAAGCAAACUUGUGAAGUCAUUUCAUUCAUGGCUUUUUAUACAUGAGCUCAAAUUCAUAUUUGACUUUUGUUGUCAAGAUGUUGUACAGUCAUACAUAUUACUCACAGCUUGCCUGCUUUGAACAAUAAAUGAACCUAUUAUGACAAAUCUUUUAAAUGUUGGUGCUGAAUACUCUUAUCAUUUUGUGUGUAGAACACAAUUGUAAUCUGAUUUGUAAGAAUAAAAUAAAACAACGUGACAACAA